GCUCGAAGUUCUACUUAAUUCUACUCAACACCCGCAACUCCCUGCGUCAUCUCUUCAAAUCCCACACGAACGCACUCAUCUCGGGCUCCUCAUCUCUCUCAAAUCGCCUUCAUCGAUAUCUACACACAAUGGCCUCUACCGCUGCCACCAUCAGCGCCGCUGGCGCCUUCACCGUCUGCGUCUUCUGCGGCGCCAACCCCGGCGCCUCCCCGCAAUACCAGCAAGCGGCCUACGACCUCGCCGCUCUCUUCCACAAGAACAGCUGGAACCUCGUCUACGGCGGCGGCACAGUGGGGUUGAUGGGCGCGGUUUCGCGCACGCUCGUUUCCCUCUCCGGCCCCACCUCCGUCCACGGGAUUAUUCCGCGGCCGUUGAUCAAGUUCGAGCAGGGCGGUGUCAUCGCGCCGGCGAGUGAGUACGGUACUACUACCGUCGUGGAGGAUAUGCAUGCGAGAAAGGCGAUGAUGGGGAGGUUGUCGAAAGCGUUUGUCGUCAUGCCUGGUGGAUUCGGUACGAUGGAGGAGUUCUUUGAGGUAGUUACGUGGAAUCAGUUGGGGAUUCAUGAUUGUCCGGUGGUGGUGCUCAACAUCGGGGGGUUCUAUGAUGGACUGCUUGGUUGGGUCACGAAGGCUAUCGAGGAGGGUUUCAUCAAGGAGAAUUUGAGAGGGAUCAUCGUCGAGGCGAAGACAGUGGAUGAGGUGGAGGAGGCGAUAAGAAACUAUACGCCUGCGGAGGGAAGGUUUGAUUUGGAUUGGAAGAGUGAAGGGAAGGUUUGAGAAAGAAACGUGUCCAAUGGUUUCAUCGGCUUUGCGGCGUUUCUUAGUAGAUUGUACCGGAUGAUUUUGUUUGCUCCAUCUGGUUCACUUUUUCCUUGUCUUGUUUUAGAGAACAGAACAGCUGGUU